AUGCUCACAGCAGUAACAAAUGCAACGGGAAAUUCGGCUGGUGCUAAACUGAGGUGCUUGUACACGAAUGCCCAAAGCCUCAUAUCGAAACUAGACGAACUAAAACUUUGCCUUGUUGAGCUGUCUCCAGAUGUUUUAGCAGUAACUGAGACCUGGCUGUCCGGGAAUAUUAGCGAUAACGAAGUAGCCUUGCCUGGAUACCAAAUUUAUCGGAGGGACAGGGAACAUCGUCAGGGUGGUGGUAUCGUUGUGUAUGUGAAUGACGGUCUGGCAGUGUCGGAUAACACCACCAACUUUGCGUGCAGUACGGAAGCUAUCUGGUUGACCAUCAAGGCUACCGGUUCCCCGUGUCUCGAUGUCCUUACUGUCUACCGACCACCUAGGACAGACCGAAUCGCCGACGCUCAACUAUUGGAGCAGUUGGAUAAAUUUUCCAGUCGACCUAACAUCCUGAUCAUGGGCGACUUCAACGCACCAGGAACAAACUGGAAUACCCUCCAAGCGUCAGGUCCAAAAUCGGCAUUCGAUUACCGCCUGUUGAGCAAGACAUUAAAUGCGUGCCUCACACAACAUGUAAUGUUCCCAACGAGAACACGUGAAGGACAAAGGGCAAACUGCCUGGAUCUGGUCUUUACGAAAACACCAGACAGCAUAGACGAGAUCGCCUCCCUACCGCCCCUUGGCGGAAGUGACCACGUAGUGCUUAUGUGGGAUUAUUCGUUAUUCUCCAUUUCACACACUCCAGACCACAAAAGGCGUAAUGUUUGGCGGGGCGACUUCAAUCAGAUGAGGGCAGACUUAUCCGGUCUUGACUGGGGCUCAUUGUUUACGGAAAGUGCCAAAGAUGACUGGGAGCUGUUCAAGAAUGUCCUUCUGCAGCUCAUCAACAACCACUGCCCACUGACUAGUGUAUGA